ACUUAAACCUCAAGUUCGGUGAAAUUUAUUUAAUUAAACAAAUUUAAUAAUUUUAAAUUAUUUAAAUUUUGGCGGUUAAAAUAUAAGAGAAAAUCGAUAACAAAAGAUGACUAUUGAAGAAGAAAAAAUAAGAGGGAUAGGAAAGGUAUUGAAUGAUGAAACGAGGCCGUUGAAAGAGCGAUUUCGUGCAUUGUUUUCAUUGAAAAAUAUCGGAGGUCAACUGGCGAUUGAGUUUAUAGAGCAAGGAUUUAAAGAUCCAUCGGCUUUGUUGAAGCACGAACUUGCUUAUUGUUUAGGACAAAUGCAAGAUCCACUUGCUAAUCCUGUUCUUAUUAGAGUUCUCAAGGAUGUCAAUCAAGAGCCGAUGGUCAGACAUGAAGCUGGCGAAGCUUUGGGAGCCAUUGGAGAUGAAAGUGUAAUUCCAGUAUUAGAGGAGUACAGCAAAGAUCCAGUUGUUGAGGUUGCUGAGACUUGUCAGCUGGCUUUGAAUAGAAUCAAGUGGCUGAAAAAUCCUGAUAAACCGUCAAAUAUAUCUGUCAAUCCUUAUGCGUCAGUAGAUCCAGCUCCACCGAUGACGGACAAGAGUGUUGAGGAUUUGAAAAAAAUUUUGCUAAAUGAGGAUCUUGAUCUUUUUGACAGAUACAGAGCUAUGUUUUCAUUGAGAAAUUUACGUACUGAGGAAGCUGUUUUAGCAUUAUCUCAAGGUUUAAAAGCAAAGAGUGCUUUGUUUCGUCAUGAAAUAGGAUUUGUGUUGGGUCAACUCCAGGAAAAAGUGUCUGUUCCAUAUUUACGCGCUGCGCUGGAAGAUCCUAAAGAAAACGAAAUGGUGAGACACGAGUGUGCUGAAGCACUGGGUUCCAUUGCUCAUCCAGAAUGCCAACAAAUAUUGAAUAAUUAUCUCAAUGACAAAAAACGUGUCGUACGCGAGAGCUGCGUUAUUGCUCUGGACAUGUGCGAGUAUGAAAACAGCCCAGAGUUCCAGUACGCGGAUACUCUAAAUAAAAUUUAAAUUAUAUUUAUUGUAAAAUUGGUUAAAUAAAUUUAUUAUUUUAUGAUAAUA